AUGAAUGAUCAGCAGAAGAAACAAAUUGAAGACAUCACCGGAAAAAUUCCGCUCUUCUUAAACAUUUUAUUAGAGUCUGGACAUCCUCCAAGUGGCUACGGAGUUGAUGAUUUUGAUCAUCACUUCUUUUACAUUGAAAAUAGACUCGCUAUGGAUCAGUUGCAUAGAGAAAUUCAAAAACAAUCAUCGGUUAAUAGAUUUUUUGUAGAGAAGGGUGCAUUGCUAGUAUUUUUAAGAAUGGAAUAA